AGUCUUCCUGGCUUGCCGUAGUUCCGUUUCCAUGGUGACACCAGCAAACAACUAAGGUAGCUAAUGUGCUAAUAUUUUACAAAGUUAACAGGUUUCUGCUCUGAAAAUAAAAUGUCUGAGCAGGAUGAGGCUCCGGAGCAGGAGGAGUUUGACAAACUCUUCACCGUGUUUGACGGCUCUUCUCCGGAGGACGUGUCUCAUGCCAGACAGCUGUGGAGCUCUCUGUCCCUGCUGCCGCCGCUCGAGUCCCGUCUGGUGUCGGCAGAUAUCCGCCAGAGGCUGCCGGUGUCCCGGCCGCAGCGCAGCAGCACCGCCGGUCCCAAACCCUCCGCUCCGGAGCCGCCGAGUGUCCGGGCUGUGGGGCAGCUGCAGGAGGAGAGGCAGCGGUACGCAGCCAUGGCCGACCAGAGGAAGGAGAUCCUGGCUCUGUUGAGGAGGCAGAGAGAGCAGAGGAUCCAGAAGGAGCUGCUGUCUGUCGCCUUUAAAUCGAAGGUGAAGGUCGGCAGAGGAAACGUGAGGAAAUCACAAGAAGCUUCAGAGUGUGAGAUGGACAAGGAGCUGGUCAAACAGCUUCAGUAA